AUGUUGAGCAAUAAGACAUCGGAAAUCAGAGUCAUGAAGCCAGAUACUAGGAGAGAAGAGGGUGUUACGCAAAGGAUCUCGGACAAGUUUUCAUCCGUCUCCGAUACUGCCAUUGACCCAAAAAGUCUUGAACAAAGACUGAAAGGAGUUAUCAGCAAUGAUCGAGGCGCUGAAAUGGAAUCUCAGCCAAGAACUGCCAGUACCAACGCUGAAGAUUAUACCGAGACAUCAAUGAAUACUAGUAUGCCUGAGGAUCGAGAGUAUGAUCUGGGCAAUUAUACGUAUGGUUCGGGAGGGAUUACUGAAUCCACUCAAGCUGGGGCCACCAGGGGAACUGAAGCCAACGGAGCCAAUGGAGCCACUGGAGCCACUGGAGCAUAUGAAGCAUACGAAGAUGCGCCCCUGGAGAGCCUGGAAUACAAAGAAAAUGUGAGUGCAGGGAAUGUUGGCGGAGAGAAACAUAAUUCAGAAAAAGGUGUUUUAUCUACGAUUGCAGCUUAUCUUGGAGGAGGGCAAGGAGAGACAAAGGAGACAGAGAAAAACGAUGGUGCAAUGGAUGAAGACAAAGAUAUGGUAAUGGAAGAUGUUCCUUGGUACAGAGCAAAUAGGAAUGAAUCACAGACUGAGGCGUUUGGGAUUCCCGACAAGCUCCCUGUUGAGGGGAGGGAAAAGAGAACUAGGAACGAAAUGGACACCAGAGAUACGGGUACCAUUGAUACUAGAGAUAAGGGUGCAAUGGAUACAAGAGAUAAGGGUACCAUGGACACCAGAGAUAAGAGUACCGUGGAUACAAGAGCUACGGGUAUCAUAGAUUCCAGAGCUACCGGGGGUACCUUGAAUAUGACUAAUGAAGGUACUACCAGGGGUACCAGGAACACGGGUACCAGGAACACGGGUACCAGGGAUACCAGGGAUAAGGGUACCAGGGGUACCACUACCGCCGUUCCAACUAUCCCGAACAUACAUUCAAGAACAAUUUCGGACAAAUCCAUUGACAGUGAGAACCCCGCAACUACAAAGACUAACAGAAGCAGAAAGCACCAGCUUCAAGAGAAGAAGUCUAGGACUGAGACAGAAAAUGGCAGUAGAAGUAAGAAGAAAGGAUUUAAGGGAAUAUUUGGAUUAGGUAAGAAUACGACGACAAAUGAUGACGACACUCUCCAAAGAGGUACCAUCUACGAGGAAGUUCAUUCUGACAGUCUUGAGCAGACUCAGCCACAUUUGCAGUUCAGUUUUGAACGAUCAGCAAGAAAGAGUGAGCAAAGGGGUGAACAAUUACAAACCUUUGACAGGGGAAAUUCACUCUUGACAGAGGAGCAAAAUCAGCUCGCCAGAAGCUCUGCGAGGGCAGCAUUAUCUCAGAGAAGAUAG